CCACGGGCGGGGAAGGCGGCGGCGCUGCGCGGUCCCAGGUAAUACAGAUCAUCAGUGGAUAAACUUUCUAAAGUUGUUCAAGGAAAAUUUGGAAAUAGAACAAUAGAAGACAAUGAGGAUUGACAGCAGAUGCAGAGGAUAGCAUGGAACUAGCAAAUUCAUUCAAGAGUGUGAGGAAUACCUUCUUGUCAGGUGUUGUCCCAGGCAACAGAAGACAGCAGUGACCGACAGGGACAAAACCUGCUCAAGUACAACACAGCCGACGAUGUGUUCCAGUUUCCGUGUGUUUAGAGUUGGCAUCUCUUUUGUCACAAUGUGCAUUUUUUACAAGUCAGCAGCAAACUCUCUACCGGAACUGAGUCCUCAUGAGUAUUUCAGUACGUUGCAGCCAGGAAAAGCCUCUUUGGCUUAUUUUUGUCAAGCUGAUUCUCCAAGUACGUCUGUAUUUCUUGAAGGGCUACAUGAAGCUGUUAGACCACUCCAGGACUAUGGAAUUUCAGUUGCAAAGGUUAAUUGUAUCAAAGAAGAAACUUCAAGAUACUGUGGAAAAGACAAAGAUUUGAUGAAAGCAUAUUUAUUCAGGGGAAAUAUACUGCUCAGAGAAUUCCCUACAGACACCUUGUUUGAUGAGAAUGCCAUCGUUGCCCAUGUUCUCUUUGCUCUUCUUUUUAAUGAAGUUAAAUAUAUUACCACCCCGGAAGACCUUCAGAGUACAGAAAAUGCUCUAAAAGGGAAAGCAAACAUUGUCUUCUCGUAUGUCAGAGCCAUUGGAACACCGGAGCACAGAGCCGUGAUGGAAGCUGCUUUUGUGUAUGGGACCACAUGUCAGUUUGUCUUAACCACAGAAAUUGCCCUUUUGGAAAGUAUUGGCUCUGAGGAAAUAGAAUAUGCACAUCUGUAUUUUUUUCAUUGUAAGCUAGUCUUGGAUUUGACUCAGGAAUGUAGAAGAAUACUAAUGGAACAGCCGUUGACUACACUGAACAUUCACCUGUUUAUUAAGACAAUGAAUGCACCUUUGUUGACAGAAGUGGCUGAAGAUCCUCAACAUGUUUCAACAGUUCAUUUCCAACUAGGCCUGCCACUGGUUUUCAUUGUUAGCCAACAAGCUACAUAUGAAGCUGAUAAAAGAACUGCAGAAUGGGUGGCUUGGCGUCUUCUGGGAAAAGCAGGAGUUCUACUCUUGUUAAGAGACUCUCUGGAAGUGAACAUUCCUCAACAUGCUAAUGUGGUCUUCAAAAGAGCAGAAAAGGGAGUACCCGUGGAAUUUUUAGUGUUACAUGAUGUUGACUCAAUAAUAUCACACGUGGAAAACAGUGUGCACAUAGAGGAAAAACAAGAAGAUGGAGAAGAUGAUGUGGAAGGCCCAGAUAUAGAUAUUCAGGAUGAUGAAGUAGCAGAAACUGUUUACAGAGAUAGGAAAAGACAGUUACCCUUGGAGCUGACAGUAGAACUAACAGAAGAGACGUUCAAUGCAACAGUGAUGGCUUCUGACAGCCUAGUGCUCUUCUAUGUUGGCUGGCAGGCAGUAUCCAUGGCAUUCCUGCAGUCCUAUAUUGAUGUGGCAGCUAAAUUGAAAGGCACGUCCACUAUGCUUCUUACCAGAAUAAACUGUGCAGACUGGACUGAUGUAUGUACUAAGCAAAAUGUUACUGAAUUUCCUGUUGUAAAGAUGUACAAGGAAGGUGAGGACCCAGUAUCUUACGCUGGUAUGUUAGGAACUGAAGAUCUCCUAAAAUUUAUCCAGCUCAACAGAAUUUCAUAUCCAGUGAACAUAACAUCAAUACAAGAAGCAGAACAAUACUUAAGUGGGGAAUUACAUAAAGACCUGCUCUCCUAUUCCAGUGUGUCAGUGUUGGGACUGUUUAGUCCAACCAUGAUGACAGCAAAAGAAGACUUCAAUGAAGCAGGAAGCUCUCUAAAAGGAUAUGUUAUCACUGCAGUUUAUUCUGGAGAAGAUGUUUUGAUUCUGUCAAAUAAAUACACUGUGACCCUUCCAGCCCUCCUGCUGGCCAGACACAAAGAAGGCAGAAUAGAGGGCAUCCCAUUAGCUAACACCCGUGCACACGAUAUAGUUCAACUAAUAACAGAUGCAUCGCUGGAAACAUUUCCAGAAAUCACUGUGGAAAAUCUUCCCUCUUAUUUAAGACUUCAGAAACCAUUACUCAUGCUGUUCAGCGAUGGCAGCAUAAAUCCGCAGUAUGAAAAAGCAGUGCUGAUGAUGGUAGAGCAGAAACACUUGGAUUCACAUACUCCUUGCUGGUUAAAUCUAAAAAAUACUCCUGUUGGGAGAGGAAUCUUGAAGGCUUAUUUUGACGCUCUGCCUCCUCUUCCUCUUCUUGUUAUGGUGAAUCUGCAUUCGGGUGGUCAAGUGUUUGCUUUUCCUUCAGACCAGGCAAUCACUGAACAAAACCUCUUAUCGUGGCUUAAGAAACUAGAAGCAGGAUUAGAAAAUCCUAUCACCGUCUUGCCAGCUCAGGAAUGGAAACCCCCUCUCCCAGCUUACGAUUUCCUAAGUAUGAUGGAUGCUGAGACAUUGCAACAUCCCACUAGGAAAGCUCCUGAGUGUCCGAAAGACCCAGACGCGCCGGAGAGUGUUAAGGAACACCACGAAGAUAAAUCGACCGUCAAAAGAGAACCGACCGAAACGUUGAGAAUAAAGCACUGGAAUAGAAGCAGCUGGUUUAAAGACGCGGAGAAAUCGCUGAGGCACGACAAAGAGUUAUGAUACGCACAAGUAAGCUCGUCUCGCAGGGCCCUGCUUCCCCCAGUCUUUGUCACAGCUGAUAGACCGAAGCACUUACUCUGUUAAAUACUACUACUAAAUCCUUUCGAGUUCCUCAACCAGUGCCAUGUCAGAACAAGUGUUUCCCAGCUACAGAGCAGUUUUACUCAGCAGGGACGUUGGACAAUAUCAAGGCAUGGGGUGCUGCUGAGUGCUCCCAGGGCACACCCCCUCCCCCACACACAACAAAGAAUCACCAAUAAUGCCAAGGUUGAGCAACCAACCCUAUGGCAGUGGGGCUUCCAGACUUUUCGGUUCUGCUCAGUUACCACGUUUGGAAAAAAAAAUCUUGCUGAAGAUAAACAUUAGUUGAUCUUACACUGAUUAUUAUCCAGGCACAAGUUUCACUUCUUUUUAUUUGCACAUAUUUUUAAAAAUUAUUUUAAUUUUUAUUAAUUUUUAACAAAGUCCAUGUGAUUUGUAGAUACAAUUUAAGAACAUAAUGACAAUCUCUUCCUUCUGCCUCCCUCCCUUUUCUUAUAAAUUUGUCCUUAUGAUAUUUUUCUUUUUUUUUUUUUUUUGACAGGCAGAGUGGACAGUGAGAGAGAGAGACAGAGAGAAAGGUCUUCCUUUUG